GGUCUCAUAACAGCCAUGUUAACUGCACCAAACCAAGAAAAUCGGCCACUGUAUGCGGCCAGCGGAAUCAAGCCUUUUUACCUUGAAAACUGUCCUAAAAUUUUCCCACCAAGAAGUGGAAUCUUUGGUACAAUUGUGAAUCUAUUUAAAGUUCUAACAGGGCCAAAAUAUGAUGGAAAGUAUCUUCACAACCUCCUAAAGAAUGUGUUAGGAGACAAGAGGUUGCACCAGACAUUGACAAAUGUGGUGAUUCCAACAUUUGAUAUCAAGAAACUCCAGCCUACCAUCUUUUCCUCAUACCAGGUGGCAAUCAACCCAGCCUUGGAUGCUAAAUUAUCAGACAUAUGCAUAGGCACGUCGGCAGCGCCAACUUAUCUUCCUGCACAUUAUUUUGAAAAUCAAGAUGAUCAAGAGAACAACGAAGAAUUCAACCUCAUCGAUGGUGGUCUGGCUGCUAACAAUCCGUGCUUGGUUGCCAUUAGCGAAGUGACCAAACAGGUGUUCAACAAAAACCCAGACUUCUUCCCAAUCAAGCCCAUGGAUUACGGCCGUUUUCUUGUAAUCUCGGUUGGUACUGGCUCAGCAAAGGAGGAGUAUAAGUACACUGCUAAAAUGGCUGCCAAGUGGGGAGUUUUGGGGUGGCUAUAUGAUAAUGGAGAUACUCCAUUGAUAACUUCCUUUUCCCAAGCAAGUGCAGACAUGGUUGAUUUCCACAACUGCGUUGUUUUUGAAGCCCUUCAUUCCGAAGAGAAUUAUCUCCGAAUUGAUGAUGAUACCUUAAAGGGAACAGUGGCUUCAGUCAAUAUAGCAACGAAAAAGAACUUGGAUAGCCUGGUAAAAUUGGGUGAGGAGCUGCUGAAGAAACCAGUUUCGAGGGUGAAUUUGGACACGGGUAAAUAUGAACCAAUCAAGAAUGGUGGCACUAAUGAGGAGGCACUCAUAAGGUUCGCCAAGCUUCUUUCUGAUGAAAAAAGACUCCGCGAAUCAAGCGCUCAGCAAGCCUCAACUUCAAAAUAA